GUACCAGACUGUUGAAGAACAUUUUCGUGUGUUUUGGUUUGUGGGCAGUGUGCAGAUUUAGUGGCAAAAUUGAGUUAUUUUAACACCAAAUCGGAUUGAAAGUUAUCGUGGUGGAGCUCUAAAGAACAUCAGAACUGGGCUAGUUUUGUUGGAUUUGUCAUAAAACCCAAUAAACAUGAUAAAUAAACAUCAACUUUGACCGUGUCAUUUUGGGUUGUAAACUUCAGCAACACCUUGAACAAGAGUGAUUCACAUUUGUAAUCAUAGGCUCAUGAGUCAUCGACACCGAGUUUUAUUCUGACCAACAAUACUAAAUCUGUGUGACAUUAACUGCUAGAUAUAUGAAAGUUUGAAACCAUGGGUCUCUUCGGUAAAACACCACAAAAGGAUCCUAAAGAACAGGUUCAAGAAUGGACGAGGAGUCUGAACAGAGAAUCAAGAAAACUGGACAGACAGAUCAGAUCCAUCGAGAGAGAAGAGUUGAAGGUGAAGAGAUCCCUGAAAGAUGCGGCCAAGAAGGGCCAGAAGGACGUGUUAAAGAUCCUAGCCAAGGAGAUUGUCAACUCCAGGAAAGCUGUCAGGCGGAUCCACACCUCCAAGGCGCAGAUCAACUCGGUCAGCAUGCAGAUGAAGAACCAGCUGGCCCUGAUCAGAAUGUCUGGGGCCAUGGAGAAAAGUGCCGACGUCAUGAAGUACAUGUCACAGCUAUGCCGGGUCUCGGACGUCCAAGCCACGAUGAUGGAGAUGUCCAAAGAGAUGAUGAAGGCUGGCAUCAUUGAGGAGAUGGUGGAGGACACCUUCGAGUCCCUGGAGGAUGAUGACGAGAUGGAGGAGGCCACCGAGCAAGAAGUGGAGAAGAUCCUGUUUGAGAUUACGGCUGGUCACCUGAGUGACGCGCCCAGAGCAGUCAACGACGACCUUCCGGUGCCGGCAGGAGCAACGGCCGCCUCGGAUGAAGAAGAAGAAGCAGCCGAAGACAUCUCCGAGAUGCAGGCGAGACUGGAGGCACUCAGGAGCUAAGAUGGUAACCUUGUGUCGUGUUGAUGUGUCGAGACCUUGUACAAAUAACACAGAGCAAUCAGAAAUUAAUGGACGCUGUGCCGAGGAUGAAAUUAUGGUCAGACGUCAGUCUGUUUCUGUCCGUAAACCAUAUUUAAAAAUUAAAAAAAAAAGGAUUUGCUUGGUUAACUUGUUCAACUGGAAGUGCAUUCUGAGAUGGAUAACAAAUUUGACACCAGGUUUGUAGCAACUAGUUAGGUCUGUCCAGUUUUGAAUAAUUAGUAUUCGAUUAUACGAAACUGCACUUUACCGAACAUUCGAAGAUUCAAAACUUGCAGAUCAAGUUUUACGCACGCCAGCUGCAGCUGCCUUCCUCGCUGGUCAGAAGUUGCAUACAAAGCGCGCCGGUUAAAAUUUGGAUACGGCAAUGGAUAUUAUGGGUCGCCGGAGUGUCUUGCAGUAACUAAGUAUAACUGUCUAUUUUCACCCAGCUAAAAGAAUGGGACCAAUAAAUAGGCAUUGGCAAAAAAGUUACCAUUGACAAUAAAGAAACCCUGCAACUUUACAAUUUCAAUAACAUCAGUCGUGUGUGUGCAUGCAGAGUUUUUUCUUUUCGAAUAUUCAAACCGGCAAAAAGCUAUUCCAAUUUUCGGUUGAUGAUCGAAAAUUUGGUACAUUUGGGUCAGUCCUACAACUGGUCAGGCUAGUUCAUUCAGCCUGAGCAGUUUUGUGCCAAAUUUCACCCUCAAGCACUGUGUAGUAUAUGGGAGCCAGUGAUGCAUGAGAAGGCAUGAGGUACAGAAGGCAUGAGAUAUUAUCUUUUUCAUUUGAAUGUUCAAACAUUUGUAGCAUCUGUGAUUGAGUGCAGCGCACUGGAGCAUUGACACGGAGAGUCAUAGAAUAGGAGUUCUGUUUUGCAUUUUGCUGAUAAAAUGCACAGAUCUAGAGUCUGUGGAUAAAUCAAGUCCACGUAAUGGAGGUACAUGACAAAUGGAAAAAUGUAUGUAGGCAAAGGAUUAUAGGCAAGGAUAAUAUUGCCGUUAUUUUGCUUUUUAUGUAUAUAUUUUUCAAUAAAAUCUGUAUAGACUAACAAAUUCUGUAAUCAAAGAAUUAAUUAGCUCCACUUGUCAAAAAUCUAGAUUAAUUCUGUUGUUUUUUUAUUUUGCGAGUGACAUGGGAUUUCGGGCAAAUUUGUAAAUAGAGCCAAUAUUUCAGGGUUGUUUUUCUACAGACCUAUUUCAAGGGAUGGUAGUCUUGUGUUGUGCGCUUACGCCUCAUUUUUGCUUGGACUGCGCAAUGCUCACGUGUAGACUAUCCUUGAUAGAACAAGAAUAGCAAUGAAAGCCACAAAACUCUGUUUCUGAAAAAAAUAGCACAAUCAACUAUCGUAUAAGUCACCCCUUUCAGUGCCUUCGUGAUUGCCAUGGAACAAGAAUGAUCCUAACUGUUGAAUAGUAAUCCCAAUUACCAUGGGUGAAUGGGACUUUUUGAGCCCCGACGUGAAUGGGAGCAAUAAUGAAUGUCACGUGAUGUGAGUUCCACCAAUCAAAUGACAAGGAUCUGUAUGUCAGUUGUAUAAUAAUUGAAAUCUGCACUUACCUUAAUCUAUCAAAAUCUAUCCCAGUUUUAGUUGUUUUAUAAAAUUUUCAACCGCUUCCCUCCCCCAGAACUAACUUCUUCCUACAAAAGUUACAUCAUCCACCAUAUGGUCAUGAUAAAUUGAAGCAUGUAGUGGUGUUCCCAUACCAUAUUACUUCAAUUUUAAUAAAAUAUACGGAAUUCUAAGUAUUUCGGAAAUGGCAAUUUGAAAUAAGCCAUUUCGGAGUUACAAAAAUGUACUACUGCACGUGCGCACAUCCGACUCAACGAUUAAGUGUCGGAAGAUAAGCAAAGCAGAUAAAUGCACACAAGACUAUGGGGGACGUGGUAACCAAAUCCACAUUUUGCAAUUUUGUUCUAGUAAAACAGAAGAUGGAUAUUUUUGUUCGCACAAAAGUUGGAGCAUACAAAACAUCUUAAACCAUGGUGCCGUUGAAAACAAUCAUCGAAUCAACAUUUUGCAUCUACUUAAAAAAAAAGAACUUUUCUUUGAUUUCGUUGGUACCCCGCUAUGAUUUUGCACACGUGUGGCGAACUGUUUAUCCCCCGACCCUAAUCGUUGUCAUGGGAUGUGCGCAUGCGCAGUAGUACAUUUUUGUAACUCCGAAAUGGCUUAUUGGUAGAUUGCUGGUUGUUGACAGCAAAUGGAAAGCCCAAUUAAGGAUGUACCCCACAGUAAAGUCUGAUGACCCAGUAAAUGUAAACAUUGUAGCCAUUGGACGUAGUGAUGAUGCUGUAGGUGUACGCAGCCAAUCAGGAAUGUCAACAUUAAUUUCCUUGGUCACUGCUUAUGCAAAUCGGUUGUCCGUGCUCUAUGGUCAUUUGGUGUGUAUUGUUGGGGUCAGCUUUUUUGAAAUAUUUGCAAAUAUUUUGCAAGGUUUGUUGACAAACAAGCCAUGCAUCAAGCCUGCAUCUUCAUGUUUAUUUUGUAAACAGAAGGACUCUGCUGUAAACGACUCCACAAUGUCAGAAAUUUCAGAAAAAAAUAUUCAGGAGAAAACAAUCGAGAAAAACAAUUCAACCAAGAUUAUUGUUCUCCUUUUAGAAAUAAUCACAGCUUUAUUGUAUAUUUGGAAAAAAUAUAUAUUUAUGGACUAAAAUGAUGAAAAGACAAACUUUGUUUAUUUAUCGGGUAGUUUUAAGUCUGAAAAAUCAAAUUUGACUUAGUGAUAAAAAAAAAUGAGAUUAGCAUUUUGAUGGUUUUGCUUUUUGCCAUCAAUCAUUUUUAAUUUCCAAUAAAAUUAAAUCGUAGAAAAAAAAAGUCA